AUGGAGGAUAACGACGUGCUGGAAUGGAAGGCGCGACGCUGCGUCCUGCGCGCGGAGGCGCUGUGGUACACUGACGCAGAGGAGGCGGCUCCCGUGUCUCCCUCCUCUGCCUCCUCGACUUCGCCGUCUGCUUCGUCCGUUUUUUCUUCCUCUGCCUCUCCCUCUUCUUCUUCCUCGCCUGUGUCUCCUUUGGCCAAGAAGGGAGGCGUCCGCUGGUCGUUUAUCCCUCUCCGAGACUGCGUCCAGCUCGUCGCGCCGCCUCACGACGCGCAGAGUUUCCUGCUGCAGACCCGCGAGCGUUCACACUACUGGCGCGCAAAGUCCCAAAGCGAACGCGACGCGUGGCUCCUUUCGCUAGCGACACAGUGCGUCUCCGUGCGAGAAGGCGACCUGUUGCGCGACGUCGAGCUCAGGAUUCGCGAGGGCGAGAAGAAGAGAUCUUCCGCCGCGCUCAAGUGCCUGGAGAGCACGUACACGCUGGACGGGGCGUUGGCGCUCAGCGACACGCAGGAGCUCUUCGAGGGAUUCGUUGUCGAUUUUUUCCGCACGGCCUCGGAGCGAAGCGCCCGCGCUCGAGGCCGCAGCCAGGCGGACGCGCGGCGGGAAGAAGACGAAACAGAGGCAGGCAGCCAGCGCGGCGACGGCGAGACACCGCACGACUCUGGGUCCGACGACGAAGCGCCUCCGAAAUUCACCCUGGAGCAGGUGCUGCGCUACAUUCGGGGCUUCGAUCCCAGGGCGCACUCGGGCGAACAGGCGACAGACAUGGAGAACCCGAGCGGCGCCAGUGCAGAACGAGGCGCUUGCGAGGAAGCGCCGACGGCCGCAGAGGCGAGCGCCGCAGAUACACGAGCGAAGGAAACCGAUAAAAGCCAAGGGCCAGGCGCACAUGCGCCUAGCGACACGCAGCGGGAGCAGCGCGAGAAGAAAGAGAUUCACCGGUGGCUGGAGGAAGUCAUUUUUCCAAAGUUCAUGGGCUCCCCAAUAAUCCAGAGAAGAGUCGUGCAGCUCGCAGCGUCGCGGUCAGUUGUCAGUUGGGGAUGCGACCCGCUGCGAAGUCCGCUGCUGUGCUCGCUGGAGCACACGGGAGGUUUUUCGCGAUAA